AUGGCAGACAAGAAGAAGGCGGUGUCAAUCAUGGUGCCCUCCAAGGAUCCCAAGAACAAGGGCGGCGACGACAAGGACGACGGCGACAAGAAGAAGGAGGGGGGGGUCACCACCACCUUGGAUGGGGUUGGCGGUGACGGCGGGAAGAAGAAAAAGAAGACGGCGAAGGCAGGAACCAAGGGCGUCCUGGAGCCCGAGGAGCUCAGCGAGGAGGACAAGGCCCUGAAGGAUGGCCUGGAGCUAGCGGUCACGCGGGUGGACGACAAAGAGCCCGGGAUAGUCCGCAACGCUCUGAGGCACCUCUCGUCGGAGAUCCGCUCGGCGACGACGAGCAUGACCAGCGUGCCCAAGCCGCUCAAGUUCCUCCGCCCGCACUAUGCGCAGCUGAAGAAAUCCUACGAGAGCUGGCCGGCCGCCACCGGUCCGCAGCCGGUGGCCACCCCGCUGGUGAAACAGCCGGCGGCCGCGGCGACCGCGGGUGCUGGCGCGGAAGAGAAGAUGGUGGAGGUCGAGCAGGAAGAGGGAGAGGCGACGCCCGAGGGCAACAAGCGCGCAUUGGCGGAUAUCUUGUCGGUGUUGGCCAUGACGAUGGCAGACCCCGGCAGUCGGGUCAGCCUAAAGUACAAGCUCGUGGGGACCAAGGGGGACCUAGGCCGCUGGGGGCACGAGUUCCUCCGCUCCCUCGCCGGGGAGAUCGGGCAGGAGUACUCGGCGAGGCGGAUAGGCGCCGUCAAGGAAGGCGCGGACGGGGAAGGGGACGAGGCGAUGGCGGAUGCGGCCGGGGGGGGGGACGCGGACGUUUCAGACCUGAUGGCGCUGGUGGACGACAUCGUGCCGUUUCACCUGCAGCACAACGCGGAGGCGGAGGCGGUGGACCUCCUGGUCGAAGUGCAGCGCUUGAAAAAGCUGCUGGACCUGCCGUAUGUAGACGACAAGAACUACGAGCGCGUGUGCCUUUACCUGCUGAGGAUGGCGGACUACAUGUCGGACCCAGACGACCUGAUGGAAAUGAUGACAACCGCGUUCGAGCUGUACCGCAUGCGGGGCAAGUACUGCGACGCGGUUCGGGUGGCUUUGAGGAUGGACGACAGCGACCUCCUGGCGCAGCUGCUAGCCGAGUGCGAAGACAAGGGCAUGACGCAGCAGAUGAGCUUCAUCAUGGCGCGCCACCGUGCUUCCUACGAGCACCCCGACGACGACGACGUGAACGAGAUCAUCGGGAACGGCAGCCUGUCGGAGCACUACCUCGCCCUCGCCAGAGACCUUGACGUCAUGGAGGCUAAGACUCCGGAGGACAUCUACAAGAGCCACCUCGCAGAGUCAGGAGGUGUGUCUCGGCGGAGGGAUGGGGGGGCACAGCAGGUGGAUUCCGCCCGGGCUAACCUGGCGUCCACGUUCGUGAACGCCUUCGUCAACGCCGGAUACGGUCAGGACCAGCUCAUGACGACGGAGGGCAACGCCUGGCUGUACAAGAACAAGGACCACGGGAUGAUGAGCGCCGCCGCGUCGCUCGGCACGAUCCUGCUGUGGAACGUCGAGGAGGGCCUCAUGCAGAUCGACAAGUUCUUCCACUCAAACGAGGACUACAUCAAGGCCGGGGCUGUGCUUGCCGUCGGUAUCGUCAGCAGCGGGGUGCGCAACGAGAGCGACCCCGCCCUCGCCCUCCUCGCCGACCACGUCGAGUCGCCCUCCCACGCCAUGCGGUGCGGCGCCUGCGUCGGCCUCGGCGUGGCCUACGCGGGGGCCCGGCGGGAGGACGUGGUGGAGCUGCUGACCCCCCUGGUGGCCAACACCGAGAACGCCAACAUGGUGGAGGUCGGGCUUGCCGCGCUGUCCCUGGGCAUGAUCUUUGUCGGGACGUGCAACGAGGAGGUGGGGUCGGUCCUGGUGCAGCGGCUUAUGGAGAGCAGCGACACGGAGCUGGAGCAGCCCAUGGCGAGGCUGGUCUCCCUGGGGCUCGGGCUGCUGUUAAUGGGGAAGAACGAGCAGGCGGAUGCCAUGAUGGAGGUAUGA